AUGACAGUCGAACUCCAAACCUUCGAGGUCCUCGGCGCCAGGACCUAUUUUGGCCAUGCCCUGCCCUACGGCCUACAAGUCAAGUCGAAUGAUACGCCAAAUUCUGCACCUCCCGUCACCGAGUCUGCAGCGGCAUUGAGGGCACUGGGCGAAUCCGGAAAACUUCAAGAUCUGUUGGAAAAGCACGGUGCCGUCUUGGUCCGUGGUGCAGGAAGCGCUUCAGCCGAGACUUUCUCGAAACUCGUAGGCGCAGCUGAGAAAGGCAGAGGUUCCUAUCCUCAUGUUCAAAUCGGAUUGGCCGGGAAGAGAACCCCACUCGCGGACAAUGUCUGGACGGCCAACGAAGGGUCGCCAAGCACCCGAUUCUACCAACACAAUGAGUACUCGAGAUACACACGCUUCCCUUCAAAUAUUCACUUCUACUGUGUGAAGACAGCCCCCAAAGGUGGCGCGACACCUAUUGCAAGCAGCGCCAACGUAUUCGAAAAGGUCCAAGCCGCGAUCCCUGAGCUUGUGGAAGAGAUCAGCAAGCGUGGCUUGGGGAUGAAGAUGGUCUUCCGUGCCCCCGGGAAUGAAGCCAAGGUCAAUCAAUUCAACUGGGCUGGUGAGCACAGUUUCGGACAGGAACUUGCUCCAGAAGACGACGAAGCAACAACGAGACAAAAGGUGGAAAAACAAGUUCGCAAGUUAACGUCAGAUUUCAAGUGGAACGAGGAUGGAAGUCUUGAGCUGACGCAGCAUAUUCCUGGCAUACGCAGGCUCCCAGAGAGUGGCAGACCAGUCUGGUUCAACGGCCUGGUCGGGCGUCAUGGUAUUACGCGAGACAUUGGUGCUCUCGAUCCUCCUCAUAUCGGCCGUGACGGAAUGACUUAUCUUCCCAGUGUCUAUGGAGAUGAUACUGAGAUACCGCGCAGGCUUCUUGACAAGCUUCUUGACGUGAUUGAUAAGGAAGAGAUUAGCUUGGUUCUUGAAGAGGGAGAUCUUUUGUUAGUCGAUAACUUCCAAGUCUCCCACGGAAGAGAGCCGUGGGAGGGCGAUAGGCAGAUAUUGGUCUCAAUGUGGGACACAUCAAUCCCAAUUGGGGAGUACUGA